GGGGACUUGUACUCGUAUCUCGAAGAAUCUAUGGGAAUUCUUUGCUGGAGAGAUAUUAUAGAUAUAUUAUGGUCGAUAUCAACGGGUCUCGAAUUUAUUCAUGAAUAUAAUCUAGUUCAUGGACAUUUACAUGGAGGAAAUAUAUUAGUUGAAAACGAGAUGAAUUCAAUUGAUGCGAAAAUAACGGAUACUGGAUUACACGGACCUGCUGAUAAAUCGAUGGCAUCUCAACAAAUUUAUGGCGUAGUACCUUUCGUUGCUCCGGAAAUUUUUAAAAAAAAUUUGCCAACCAAAGAAUCUGAUAUCUAUAGCUUUGGUAUGAUUAUGUGGAUGUUAUCAGCCGGCAUACGUCCUUAUUAUGAUAGACCUCAUGAUAAACAACUUAUUCAAGAAAUCUGUUCAGGUUUAAGACCAAGCGAUAUCGAUGGGACUCCGCCUGUUUACUAUAGUUUGAUGUUGCAAUGCCUAGACGCUAAUCCGUUAAAAAGACCAACAGCAUCUCAAAUU